GGCCUGUGUCGGGGGUCAGGCUCCGGGGCUAGGAUGCGACACCGGCUCGCCGUGCGGGGCUGUGAGGGGAGGUGUGGCCAGGGAGGGCCUCAGGCCCAGAGUCCAGGACUGAUGGAGUCGCGCCAUUCAGAGAAAGACCCAAAGAUGGGGGCAGGGAGGGAACGCCGGAGGUCGCGGGUUUCUCGCCCCUUCCCCGCCGCGGCCUAGGACACAUGGCCCAGCUCCCAGCUGCACCGGAUGGCGCGCCCGGCCCGUGUCGGGGUGCGCUGACCUGCUUCGACGCCUCGAAAGAGGCCGACGGGCACAGGGCAAGGUCUUUCGUGGCCUCUUCGUCGGCGCCGCAGGGGGCCGGGCUGCUCUCCGGGGCCUCCCGCCGCCCCGCUUCAACAAAAGACUCGUUAUAGCCUAACCGACUUCAGGGAGCGCCUUCUGUGUGAAUAGCCUGCAUUCGCGGCUCAGUAGUUGUGCGUAGAUUGGUUUUAAGGCUGUUUGUGUAGCUCUCAGGGACCCUCUGGAUUCCAGGCUCCAAUGAGCAGGGUUUUUCUACAGGGGGAUAUUGCACAUAUGUAAGUGGGCUGGAUGGCUCUCCCAGCUGUUCGUUUCAUGUGUCCCCACUUUUAAAGCUACCGCUUAAAUGUGACAUCUCUUGCAAAAGCAAAAAUUAUAUGGAAGGAGAGUUUGCAAGGGGAGAUAGGCUUCUAAAAACUUGCUGGCCUCAAUUUUAGUGACUGUUGGUGAAAAAUAGAGAAGCUAUGUUUACAUUGACUUCUGGAACCCGAAGCCCCACCAGUUCGCAUGAUUUCUUGGCUUUGUAAAUCUUUGAGCAUGUUGUUUGCCUCUUUCUUCUUUUGUUCCACGUACUUAAAAUAGGGAUUGAUAAUAUCAGUCUUACAGGGUUGUUGGUAUGAAAUUAGUUAAUAAACAACAAAGUACUUAGAACUCUUGAUGUGGAGGAGUUUUUGUUGUUGUUACCUUCUUUCCCCUUAACACUUCUAAAGAAUUCUAACCUUAUUACUUAUUCUUUGCUCAGAGUCUCAUGACUUAUCACCAGUGAACCCGCCGGCCUAUACUUUCCAUUGACAUCAUUAACUUUGAUCUGAGGGUAUAGUGUAGUUAUAUGUGACUAGAGGAUUUCUGCUGCGUGUUUGUUUUAUUAAAUACGGUUGGAAACUAUCAUUAUACUAGGUCAUUUAUUGUGAUACCUGUGUUGGGUAAAUGAAACCUGAAACCUUCGGCUGUUUAUUUUUUCAUUGGACAGUAUUUCAUUGACAGUCUUGCUUGGCCUACGCAGUUUAUUUUGGAGCCAGUACUAAAAAGGCCAUGAUUGCAGCAUACUUGGUUUCUCAUGUUUCCGGAAUGGCAGUGGGACUCGGGAGGGGAAUUUCUGGGUAGCCUGGCAGCACUUCUUGUUAAGGAAUGGGGAAGCUUCUUAUGAAUCUAAUCUUACUCUAAUGUUAGGAAAUCAGCAGUGGUCCCUUGGAUUACUCUACAAAGCUAGUAGGCAGCUUUGGUUCAGUUAUGACUCAGUGAAGGUUAGAGAAUUAUAUCUACAAAGUAGGAUCUUUUUCUUUCUUUCUUUCGUUUUUUGAUACGGAGUUUCGCUCUUGUUGCCCAGGCUGGAAUGUAAUAGCGCGAUCUCGGCUCACUGCAACCUCUGCCUCCCGGGUUCAAGCGAUUCUCCUGCCUCAGCCUCUUGAUGCCCGGCGAAUUUUUUUUGUAUUUUUAGUAGUGACGGGGUUUCACCAUGUUGGCCAGGCUGGUCUGGAACUCCUGACCUCAAGUGAUCCACCUGUAUCGGCCUUCCGAAGUGCUGGGGUGGUGUGAGCCACCGCACCCUGCCAGAUCUUUCUUGUUUGACUUUCAUUGCUAAGAAUUUGGAAUCAUAUUCUAAGAACUCAGCCACUCAGGUAUCCACCAUGGUGCUGGGUCCUGAACAGAAGAUGUCAGAUGACAGUGUUUCUGGAGAUCAUGGGGAGUCUGCCAGUCUUGGUAACAUCAACCCUGCCUAUAGUAAUCCCUCUCUUCCACAGUCCCCUGGGGACUCAGAGGAGUACUUCGCCACUUACUUUAAUGAGAAGAUCUCCAUUCCUGAGGAGGAGUACUCUUGUUUUAGCUUUCGUAAACUCUGGGCUUUCACCGGACCAGGUUUUCUUAUGAGCAUUGCCUACCUGGAUCCAGGAAAUAUUGAAUCCGAUUUGCAGUCUGGAGCAGUGGCUGGAUUUAAGUUGCUCUGGAUCCUUCUGUUGGCCACCCUUGUGGGGCUGCUGCUCCAGCGGCUUGCAGCUAGACUGGGAGUGGUUACUGGGCUGCAUCUUGCUGAAGUAUGUCACCGUCAGUAUCCCAAGGUCCCACGAGUCAUCCUGUGGCUGAUGGUGGAGUUGGCUAUCAUCGGCUCAGACAUGCAAGAAGUCAUUGGCUCAGCCAUUGCUAUCAAUCUUCUGUCUGUAGGAAGAAUUCCUCUGUGGGGUGGCGUUCUCAUCACCAUUGCAGAUACUUUUGUAUUUCUCUUCUUGGACAAAUAUGGCUUGCGGAAGCUAGAAGCAUUUUUUGGCUUUCUCAUCACUAUUAUGGCCCUCACAUUUGGAUAUGAGUAUGUUACAGUGAAACCCAGCCAGAGCCAGGUACUCAAGGGCAUGUUCGUACCAUCCUGUUCAGGCUGUCGCACUCCACAGAUUGAACAGGCUGUGGGUAUCGUGGGAGCUGUCAUCAUGCCACACAACAUGUACCUGCAUUCUGCCUUAGUCAAGUCUAGACAGGUAAACCGGAACAAUAAGCAGGAAGUUCGAGAAGCCAAUAAGUACUUUUUCAUUGAAUCCUGCAUUGCACUCUUUGUUUCCUUCAUCAUCAAUGUCUUUGUUGUCUCAGUCUUUGCUGAAGCAUUUUUUGGGAAAACCAACGAGCAGGUGGUUGAAGUCUGUACAAAUACCAGCAGUCCUCAUGCUGGCCUCUUUCCUAAAGAUAACUCGACACUGGCUGUGGACAUCUACAAAGGGGGUGUUGUGCUGGGAUGUUACUUUGGGCCUGCUGCACUCUACAUUUGGGCAGUGGGGAUCCUGGCUGCAGGACAGAGCUCCACCAUGACAGGAACCUAUUCUGGCCAGUUUGUCAUGGAGGGAUUCCUGAACCUAAAGUGGUCACGCUUUGCCCGAGUGGUUCUGACUCGCUCUAUUGCCAUCAUCCCCACUCUGCUUGUUGCUGUCUUCCAAGAUGUAGAGCAUCUAACAGGGAUGAAUGACUUUCUGAAUGUUCUACAGAGCUUACAGCUUCCCUUUGCUCUCAUACCCAUCCUCACAUUUACGAGCUUGCGGCCAGUAAUGAGUGACUUUGCCAAUGGACUAGGCUGGCGGAUUGCAGGAGGAAUCUUGGUCCUUAUCAUCUGUUCCAUCAAUAUGUACUUUGUGGUGGUUUAUGUCCGGGACCUAGGGCAUGUGGCAUUAUAUGUGGUGGCUGCUGUGGUCAGCGUGGCUUAUCUGGGCUUUGUGUUCUACUUGGGUUGGCAAUGUUUGAUUGCACUGGGCAUGUCCUUCCUGGACUGUGGGCAUACGUGCCAUCUGGGAUUGACAGCUCAGCCUGAACUCUAUCUUCUGAACACCAUGGACGCUGACUCACUUGUGUCUAGAUGACUGACAGCCUGAGAGACUCUAUAAGAACAUGUUUUUCUAAGCCCUUUUUGUGCCAGGUGUCCUGUUAACAUCUCUGUUAGUUCAGAGCUGAGUUUUGUUCAGACGUUUUGAACAAAAGGCAAAGAUUUCCUCAUGGGAAGGGUGUUCAAAACUGACAGCUAUAAAUGUAGGUCAGAGACCCACCCACCUCAUAACAGUCAUACACUCCCAGAGUUAAACGAUUGGCCUCUGAUGGCCACACACCCCUAUGGGCUUGUGUCUUGGACUCUGGGAUUUAAAAGAUAUAUAUGUAUAUAUAUUUAUGUAAACCUGAGCAUCUCAGUUUGGGUAGAGUUUUAAGGUUAUAUGAAACUGAUAGAACUUUUGUAUUUUUUUUUUUAAAUAUUGUUUUGAUAUAUCAGAUAUUUGUUUUGUCUGGAUCACAAGUGAGAAAGAAAAGAGAAUAAUGCUCUUUUUCACAAUGAACUGGUCAAAUUGACUAUCUUGUAAAGUGAUACUUUACUAUGUCAGUGAAAUUUCAGUUUGAUUUUAGUCAACCAGAUUAUAUCCUUUGUAUCUACUGAUAUUAACACAUCAUUUCUUAAAAAAACAUUUCUUCUGUUUGGCAAUCAUAAUUAACUCUGGUUAUCAGCCUAUUUUGUAAUUAUUGUCUUUGUCGUCACUUUUCUUGAAUUGUUUUCUAGUCAUUAAACAGAUAUGAAGGCAUUGCCAAAGAGCUUUAAUACCCAGUAACAAGAUCCAGAAACCACACUUUAACCAGUGAUCAGUUUUCCGUGCUGCAUUGUAACUCAGCUCAUUCUGGCAUUCAAGUUUUAGGCAAAAAAAGAGGAAACUUCUAACAUUUAGCUUGUAAGUCCUGACAUAAGAUAGUGAAGAUAUUUAUCUUCUUUCUAAUAUUUGUAUAGUCCGCCAAUGUAUUUUCUUCCCACUAUUCCCAUUAACAUACCAAACACUGUUUCUAGGUCCAAAGUCUAUUUCUAGGAGUGGCCAAUAUUUGUAUUGUUGAAUCUCUUAGGGAAUGCUAAAUGUUUCACUUUAAAAUACCUAUUUAUACCAAGUAGCAUGAGAUUAGUACUAGAGUGAGAUUUGGAAGAUUAGUCCACAUAUCACAAACUGCUUGCCUACAUGUAUAGAUUUUUUUUUUCACCCACCUUCCUAACCAGGAAUUUGUUUCCUUAAAUUUGUUGUUGUUGUUGUUGUUGUUUGUUGUUAUUUUUUUGAGAAGAGUCUUGCCCUGUCGCCAAGGCGGGAAUGCAUUGACGUGAUCUCAGUUCACUGUAACCUCUGCCUCCCGGGUUUAAUCGAUUCUCCUCCUUCAGCCUCCUGAAUAGCUGGGAUUACAGGCACCACAUUUUUAGUGGAGAUGGGGUUUCACCAUGUUGGCCAGGCUGGUCUCAAACUCUUGACCUCAAGUGAUCUACCUGCCUCAGCCUCCCAAAGUGCUGGGAUUACAGGUGUGAGCCACUGCACCCAGCAUUUUUUUGUUGUUAAGACAGGGUCUUGCUCUGUUGCCCAGGCUGGAGUGCAGUGGUGUGAUCUCAGCUCACUGCAACUUCUGCCACCUGGGCUUAAGCCAUCCUCCCACUUCAGCAUCCCAAAUAGCUGGGACUGCAGGCAUACACCACCACACCCAGCUAAUUUUUGUAUUUUUUGUAGAGACGGGAAUUUCACCAUGUUGCCCAGGCUGGUCUUGAACUCAUGAGCUCAAGUAAUCUGCUGGCCUUGGCCUCCCAAAGUGCUGAGAUUAUAGGCGUGAGCCACUGCAUCCAGCUCACUCCUCAUUUCUUUCUAGCCCCAAAGGUGUUGAGUCAGCAAAUCCUGCAGCCUUUGUGUGACUUUGAGCAUCACUUUCCCCUUUCAGCAUUAAAUAUAUGACCUCUCUGCCUUAUUUUAGAACUUACUACAUUUCAAUAAAACUUUUUAAAAAAUCCA